AUGGAGGCUUCAGUGAAGUUUACUGUGCAGUUCAUAAGGCUACUGGCCUUAAUCAAAAAAAUCCCAAAAAUCAUCGAUAAUAAUGAUCGCCAUCUUAUUCUUAUCAAGAGAGAAAUAGAAAUUAUGAAGAAAAUCCCUUACCCUUUUAUAACGGACUUCUACGAAGUCUUAGAAAAUGAGGAUAGCAUUUUCAUUGUGAUGGAAUAUGUAAGUAACGGUACGAUAAGAAAUACACUAAAUGAGUCUGGUCCAUUUAGUGAAGAGAGUGCGUCGAUAAUUUUUGCUCAAAUUAUCCUCGUUCUCAAACAUUUACAGUUCACAUGCAAUGUAGCACAUAGAGAUUUAAAGACUGAUAAUAUCCUUUUCGAUGCAAAAGGAAACAUCAGAGUUAUUGAUUUCGGUCUCAGCAGUACAAAAUCGCAGACUGAAUUUUUACGAACACAGUGCGGUACUCCUUCAUACGCUUCUCCAGAAAUGAUCCUUGGUGAAAGAUAUGGUUAUAGCUGUGACAUUUGGAGCAGUGGAAUUGUUCUCUAUGAAAUGGUUACAGGACAUCUUCCAUUUGAAGACGCGAACUUAAGUAAACUUGCACAGAAAAUUGUAUUCCAAGAAGUUGAAUAUCCUAACAACCUUAGUCUCGGUCUUGUUGAUCUCCUUUCAAAAUUGUUGACAAAAGACCAAACAAAAAGAAUUACUCUUCCUGAGAUCAUGAGACAUCCAUGGCUCAAAGAUAAUAUCAAAUACGUAGAAGAAAAGUUGAACUCUUUCAGGAUCGAUAAAAAUCAGAUUAAGAGUAAAUUGAUAUCGCUUGGUCUUAGCGACAGCGAAUCAAACGAAGAUCAUGAGUCUGUUGCUUAUCACGUGCUGAAAUGUGAAUAUCAACUCUCCAAUUUCGAUUCAUUAAACGUGGAGUCAGGAUGUAUGUCUCAGAGGCAAAUGCCACUCCAAAAGAUCUCAAUCUUGCCAAAAUUGUGCGUUCUUGGAAACCAUAUGAUCUUAAGAGGAAGCACUUCAAGAAAUAAGACAAAAUUAGCUCUUAUUUGCACAGGAAAGAGGAGGCCAACUCAGGCUCAGCUUAUACAAUUGUAA